AUGGCCAAGUCAAAGAACCACACCGCCCACAACCAGAACAAGAAGGCCCACAGGAACAAGAUCCAGAGGCCUAAGACCAACAAGUACCACUCCCUCAAGGGUGUUGACCCCAAGUUCCGCCGAAACGCCCGAUUCGCCGCCCAAGGUUCCGAGAAGGCUCAGCGUGAGGCUAAGGCUUCCGCCUAA